GUUAAAGCCUUCUCAUCAAGCAUGUCAUCCAGCAGAGGAGAUGCUAAAGAAGGAAAGCUUGCCGAAGGCAAAUAUAUUCUAAUCUCCCGCCGUCUCACCGUCGCUGCGCCACUAUCUCCGGCCAAGGUUGUGGGUUUGAUCGAGAUGGGGAGAUUGUUCGUGAUAGAACUCGAGGGAUUGGUCUAUAAAUGCAGAACGUGCCAAACAGAUAUCGGAUUUUCAAGUGAUAUCAUCUCUGGGGAAGAUCUUGGCAUCCAUGGAAAAUUAUUUGAGUUCAGUAGAGUCUUCAAUACGUUUCUGGGUGGAAGCACGUAUCCUUUUAUGAGUGACGUACUAUGUGUCUACUGUUCCGCUUCUCUCGGCGCUUAUUACGUAAGCGCAGUGGAGUACAUUGAAUCAAGGUACCGAAGAUGCUUCAUAGACCGGACGGAAGCGAUGAUGAGGCUUAGGACCUGGUAUAUCCUCUGUUCUUUCUGGGAUAGAGAUGAAGAAAAGCUUGUUAUGUUUCUGGAGAUGCGUCGACUCGAGAAUGGAUCUGGUCAUUGUAAAAGUAGUACGACGACGAUGUCGUCUCAACGGUACCCUCUCCGGAGAACUGCCGCCGAUAACUUUUUGUACUCUGAGAGCGAGAAGUCCGAUUACGAUUGGCUGGUUACGCCACCAGGCUCACCGAGUAAAAGCCAAAUCGAUGCUAACCCGAUGGCUCUUGAAUCCCAGUUAGAGAAGUGCCGUGAAGAAGAUAGGGACAACAAAUCAUCCAGAAACCAAACAAUUGGGCUCAAACGGCCCUCGUCCUCCAAUAGCUCAAGGUCAACGAGUAGACCUUCCACACCUGUCACAAGGUCAACGACGCCGACCUCACGUGCUGCACGUGCCACCUUAACCUCGUCUUCCACUAGUAGCUCAAGACCUUCUACGCCAGCCAGAAGGCCUUCUACCUCUGGAACCUCACGCACUGCCACCUCAACAGCUGCACGUGCCCCAUUAACCUCGUUCUCUACUAGUAGCGCAAGAUCAACGAGCAGACCUUGUACGCCGACAAGAAGGCCUUCUAGCUCUGGAACCUCACGUGCUAACUUAGCCACUGCACGUACCACUACCGGUACUGGUACUGGUACUGGUACAGCCACCUCUACACGAUCCAAUACCCGGCCAAUGUCGUCACCCAGUACAAGACCGGGUUUGAGGUCAAGUACUCCAACUCGCCGUCCACCAACUCCGACCGGUUCAUCCACUGUAUUGAGGAGUAAACCAACUAAACCGGCUCCCUCGCCUACAUUGAGAUCAAGGCCAUGGGAACCUUACGAGAUGCCUGGUUUCUCCCUAGAAGCGCCGUCAAAUCUGAGGACUACGUUACGAGACAGACCACAAACGGCGUCAAGUAGCAGAACCAAAGCUUUUGGUGCGUCCAGUUCAAGAUCAAGAUCAUCGUCCAUAGAAAGCGCGACUGAAAGGAGGCAGUCUUGUUCGCCUUCUAGAAACCGUACUGCGAUUGGAAACGCAAACGGACCUGGUCCUUUGCUGCGUGGACGACGAGCAAAGACGAGCAACAAUGAUGGUGGUUUGACUUUGAUCAGUCAUGUAGCUAAGGGGAAUCAUGAAAUGGUCGAGAGAGUUGUGAAUGUGACAGAAAACGGCGGCCGAGGAGGUGGGAAGUCGAGUUCGGGUUCUGAUGGUUUUGGGUUUGGGAGAGACCUAUCUAAAAGUUCCUUUGAUAUGGCAUUGAGACAUAUGGAUAUCAAACGAGGGAGCAUGACGGGGAAUUUCAGACCGCAAGUGACGAAAGUUCCUGCAGCUUCAUUGUACAGUGUGAGAACAUCAGGGACCAGGAGAAAGCGGCCGGUGAGCAGAAGCGGGAGCUCGGAAUCGAGUGUCAACAUCUUGUGCUUAGACGGUAGCGACGAUAAUCUCAGCGAUAUAAGCUGCUAGAGUCAACAUCAUAUUCUUCAUUUGCAUUUUCUCUUGCAUGCUCUUACAUAAAAAUAACUCUUGGCAAUAAUGAUGAUACAAAUUGUAAUGACGAUGACAAAAUAACAAUUUUCGUAUGUUGACCAGAAAAUAAUUUUCAUGUAGACCGUAUAUAUAUACGGUGUGAUUAAAAA